ACGCUUUAAACUUAAAACGGGCAAAAAAAUAUAUAUAAACAGACGUUUGUAUCAAAUACGAGUGUGACCUGCGACAACUCGGCAUUAUCAGUGAGAAUGUAUAGACAAUUAUGCUAGGCUUUACAAGCGAUGAAAUAAACUAAUCCAAUUCACCGGCCGGAAAAAUAUUAGAAACAUAUAUUCAGGCACAUGUCUUUGUGCCCUACACACGUAGAAAGAACCAAAACUAAGCCAGCAAAAUUAAAGCUGAGCUCCGCUCAGUGUCAUUUCAGCCGCGACAAAAUCGCGACAAGGCGACGGAAAGUCAAUUUAAGUCAAGCAAAGCUGCAGAAUAGAAUUAUUUGUGGUGAAGAAAGAGAAAAUAUUGAAAUAAAAUUCAAACCACUUGCGCACAAAUAAGCGCGGAAGGGCAAUGUCGUGUUGAGUUUCGGCAUACACUGCAUUUGAACAUUUUUAUUUUUGUUUGCUUGUGCGCCUUUGUUUUGCACGCGGUAUUGGUGGUGAGGCCACAAAAAUUCGCCCUUUGGCAUCGCUUGAAAAAAGUUCAGUGCAGAAUUUCUCAUUAGUUGUACAAAAAGCGUUCGAGAGCUCGGACAAAAGUGCUGCAACGCGCGCCGGUGGACAUCCAAAUAUCAGCAGCGCUAUUGUUUUUCGUCUACUUACCACCAGCUGUGGUAACGAAACGAAAUUAAAAUUUCUUAUUGCAAGCGGUUGCCGUGCAGCAAAUCGACAGCGACCAAGUCAUAAGGAGAGAAAAAAACAUGCAAGAUAUUUUAAUUUGAAAGUUUUCGAAAAUAAAAGUAAAUAAGAGAAAAAGUUUUUGUUUUCGUCCUUGCGCUGCAGCUGCGGUUCAGAUUUUUUGCGAAUGCGACUUUUUCUAUAGUGUAGCUAAAACAUUUUAGUACUUGCCAUCAGCCAGCGGCUACGCACCAGUGUGAAAAUGUCAUCAACAUGCCGCCAACUACUAGGCGCUAUACUAAUUUUGCAUAUUUUACUAGCGCCGUUUGUAAUGGCGGCAACAAUACCCACAGCCGCCACGCCAGCCUCCUCUGCCACCAACGCCGCGCCCAAUGUGAAUAUGGAGACAGAGGUGCUGCGUUUCUCAUACGAACUAGAGCGUUGGCUCGAUACUGAUAAGCGACCGUGCGAGGACUUCUACGGCUAUGUCUGUGGCAAGACGGUGAACAGCACGAAAGAACAGUUCGAGGCGCGUUUACAGCGUGAACAGGAGAAGUUCGAUAAAUUUCUGAGCGCCAAUAACAACGAGAACCUGCUCGACGCUGAACUCAAGCUAAAACAAUUCUAUGACUCUUGCAAGAAUGCGCGCUCCGUGGAAGAGCUGAAGGACUCUUUCAUGUAUAAGCAAAGUGGCGGUUGGCCGGCAAUUGACGGUUCAGCGGCGAUGUUGCGUCGUCGACGCGGCAAGACUUGGAUGGAUGUCGUAGGCGCAUUUCAUGAGGCCGGUAUAAAUUAUUUCUUUACACAACGCGUGGAGAUUAAGUCUAACAAGCGUACCGUCUACCUGCAAGUGGGGGAUGUGAUGCGCUCAACGUUGCGCAAAUUUGAGCAAUUAGUUGGUGAGGUGUUCGCGGAGUAUGGUGUGGAUAUGGAUCGGGGUAGAUUGAUCGCUUUAGAAAUAUUAACUUUUGAAAGAAAUCGGCGUGAAAUUCUCAAAGAUGAGCAGCAAGAAGACAACACAGAGUACAAUUACGUUGACUUUAAGGCUUCAAGCUUUGGUGCGUCAGUGCAGAUUGAUUGGGAUAAGUAUUUCAAGAAUACACUCGGUAAGCCGCUGAAACCGACUGAUAUAGUGGUGGUACAUAAGAAGACCAAACUGAGCAAACUAUUCCAGUUCUUGCAACAAACUUCAUUGACACGGCUGCUCAAUUGGAUAUGGAUCGACUACUUGAUGGACAAAAGUGCCACGCACUGCCAAGAGUUGGCGCAACAAUUUUUCGAGCCCGUACACCAACAUAUUGUAGAACACGCUUAUCUGGAUAAAGUGCAAAUGGCGCAACUCUACUCUAACAUCGGACGCGCUUAUGACGAAUCACUGCCACCCACUGCUUGGAUCGACGAAAUGUCGCAGCAGAAUUCGCAUCUCUUUCUCGGCCGUGCCAUGCACCUCACACUCAACGGCGAUGAUAGCCUCGAUGCCGAUUACGCUAAAUUACAAAUCAGCAAUCGCAACUUCUAUCGCAAUCUCGAGAAGGUACAACGCAUGCUCGCACAGCAAGGUAAAAGUCAACGCAUGAUCACGCGCGUUGGUAGCGCCGGCAUUGCAGACACUACACAAAUAGCGGCGAAUUUCAUGCGUAUCUUCGUAAGCGUUAGCGCGUUAUUACAACAGCAAAAUCUAACCGCACCACUGGGUCAGCUGCUGGUCGGUGAGCGCUUUGCUGAACAUAUGAUUGCCAGCGGCAGCACGACACAGACAGCGGGCGCUUGGCGUAGCAUGGAGUCUGAGCGUGAAUUCGCAAUAUUGCGUCAGUGUGUGCAACAGCAGUCAGGUGGAGCAGAAUUGCCAUAUAAUUUAAAUGAGUUGUUGCUGAAGCUGUUGGCACAGCACUUGGCGCUACAGACUUACGAGCAAUGGCAGCAAGGCAAUGAACGUUUGGUGCGUCGCUUGGAUACGCUUUUGGCGGCGGGACGAUUGCAAUUAUCCAUGACGAAGCUUUACUACAUCGGCUCAGUGUUGACUGAGUGCGGCACUUAUCAGAGCGUGGCACAGAAGCAGCUACUAAAGGGAUAUUUACGUAAUUCGGUGAAAUUUCGACAAUCCUUCCGCUGCCGCGCCGCAGAUGACUUGAACGCGCGCAACACCUGCAAGGUGCUCUGAGUUCAUUGAGUGUGGAAUAGGUAUUGCAGCGGUGUUGUUUGCUCGUUUAAAUAAAUUUUUAGUGCAGUAAGCCCACAACAGUUAAAGAUGCUAAAUAAAUCAGCGUUGUUAUGUACUUUGUGCUAUUGAGGUAGUCAUACAUAUGUACGUUUAUAUUAGCAAGUAAAUGAAAUGUUAAGCAGUAGAGUAUAAAAAAUUAGAAAAAAUAUAUAUAUAUUUAUGUGUGAAAACAUAAAUAAAAAAUAUCAAUUAUUGACUUUUUUUAGUGCGAGGAUAUAUA